CCAUCAUCAUCAACCUCACCUGCAUCCUCAUGCUCACCUCGACAGCUGCAAGCUCACAGUUAGAACAUCCUCUCCUAUUAGCAUGUGCCCUUCAUCCCAACACCAUCCAACAUCAGCAACAGCCGAAGAACAACAGCAACAAUACACAACCAGACAUCCUCCCACCUGCAGCACCGAAUCCAUCUCAUUCUCAAACAACCUCAAAGUCAGAGACAGAUCAACUCAGAUCAACAACAUACAGCAAAACAACAACUCAGACCAAUCAUCAGCCAACCGGCUGCUCGAAUACAACAACGACCAAUGGGCCUCUCCCAGUCCCAACGCCGGCUCAUCCAACAAUAUCAAACUGCCCCUAUCCGCAUCCUCCUUCCAGAACUCAUUCAACCACCAGUCACUUCAUCCCGAGCGCUGGCCCAAGAAGUCUCGUCUGGUCCAUGCAACCAGGAACCAUCCCUCGUCUGCCUCUCGACACUGGUGUCUGAUCAUCAGCCUUCUCACUCCCUUCACCUGCUUCGCUAUCCUGCUCCUCAUCCAUCCCUCAUCUUAUACUAUCCUCCAAUCUCAAGCUCAUAACCAUACUAUCAUCUCUUCAGAUCGUCUUAGUCAACCCAAUCUAGUUCACCCUGCCUCACAACUAGAUCCCCUCAAAAAUCUAUCAUCUACUUACAAAAACCAGACUGGACACGUGAGCCUGAACAUCCUACUCUUCAGCGUCCCCUCGCUGGAUCCUGCGCGAUCGCUCGACCAGAUUCUUUCCUUCCUGGACGGCCUCCCGAGGUAUUCAUUGGUGAUUGUCUGUUCGCCGGCCCAGCAAUGUCCCCAGCCAGGGAAUCUAUCGCCCCACGAGCUGAUCGACUCUCUGAGCGCCUACACGCCUGCCAUGACAGCCGACACGAUCCUAGUCCUAGACGGCGCAUCUCUGCCUUACAACGGCCUCGAUCGGACCUGGCUCGCAGCCGCCGCCGAGCUGGCACUCAGCCGGAGCCGCAUCAUCGCCCCCCUCGGCGCCUCUCCCACCCCCCUUCCUCCCGCUAUGGCCUGCUCCUCCCGUCCCGGACCCGCCUCCGUCUCUCUGCCGCCCUUCCUCCUUCCCACCAGACGCUGGCCUCAUAACGAUCCGGCGGCCCUCAAACACAUCUCCCAGCCCCUCCAGCUCGCCUUCUUUCUCGCUACCACUCUCAAAUGGCCUACCCUCAUCUUCCCUCUUGACAAUCAUACACCAGACCACCAUUAUCUCUCUGAAAUCUGCCACGAUUCGAUCAGACAACUCUCAGAAAUCAGAAUCGCCUCCCAUAAUCCACAACAAGAAGAGGAUGAUGAUGAUGAUGUGAAUCAAAUACUGCGUGACCAUCUUCAACCGUCCGUUGGGAUCCUGAUGAGUGAGUCCGACCUGGACCCACCUGCAGGAUCAUCCUCCACAGACCUGACGGAUUGGCUGGCCUUGACAUGCCAGCUGAUCGAGAGAUUCGAUGCGGAGAUUUAUCUGAUGAGCUCUUGGGACCCACUGGAGGGCAAUUCAGAUGCGGAAGGGGGAGAAGAGGAAGAAGAAAGGAUGCGGGCGCAGAUGAAGAGCUGUUCGCGUGCGGACAGUCUAAUCAUCCACCUCCUCUCCCACACCUCCGCCUCAACUGGACUCCCGCAUCCUUCUGCACAUGCACAAGUCCAACAGCUCAUCCACACCCAACCUAGUCUCGAGCUGUUGCUCUAUCGUCUUCCCCAUCAUCUCCCUCUCCAACUCCCUCACCGACUCUCCAAGAAACCUGUUGGUCCUCAUCAACAGCCACAGGACCCUGACCAAUCCGAAGAACUGAAAAACUCUCAGCAUGGGGCCCAGCUUGAGUGCGUCUUGAUCGGAUUGCCCGCUGAUCACAUCUUCGCUGCUGAUUGGAUCCUGGGCCUCGAGUUACAAGCGUUAAAAGAAUGGCAUAAGCCCAAGAUCGAUAUCUCAGUGAUAACAAAUGAUCGAUCGGUAUCGUUAUCGAGACUAUUGGGAUCAUUAGAGCGAGCGGCGUACUAUGGGGACACUGUGAAUCUGGUGAUCAACAUGGAACAAACGGCGGACCAGCCGACGAGGAAGUUAGUGGAAGGGUUCGAAUGGAAGCACGGGUCGAAGACGGUACGGAAGCGGAUCAUCCAGGGAGGUCUGUUACCUGCGGUGGUCGAGUCAUGGUAUCCGUCCUCUGCGCACGAUUCGUACGGGGUCUUACUGGAGGAUGAUGUGGAGGUAUCGGGAUACUUUUACGGCUGGCUGAAGUUUGCCCUGCUCGAGUACCGAUACUCGGGUCGACCGGCAGGGGCGAUCUACGGGAUCUCGCUCUACCAGCCCCAGCAUAGCGAGCUACGCCCGGAGGGUCGUCGGCCGUUCCAUGCACCCGCCCUGCUCGCCGGCCUCGGCAUCCACCCCUCCACGAUGCCCUACGCCUCUCAGGUGCCCUGCUCCUGGGGCGCGCUCUUCUUCCCCGAAACUUGGACCGCCUUCGAGCGCUAUCUGACCUUCAGACUGGCUAACCAGCUCUCCGGGCUGGAGCUCCAUCAGCCCGUGAUCCCCAGUCCGAUCCGCUCGAACCGCUGGCCAAAGAGCUGGAAGAAGUACCUGAUCGAAUGGGUCUAUCUGCGCGGCCUGGUGAUGCUCUAUCCCAACUACCACCACUUCAACCACUCCGAUCAUCCCGAGCAGGCUGAAUGGGCGGAGGGGGAAGGAUUAGUACCGAUGGGACUGUCGACGAACCAUCUGGAGAUUGGCACACAUGUCCACCACCGACAGCACCGAGCGAAAGCGAGUCACAAGCUACAGUACCAGCAACACCAACGGGCCAAGCUACGGUUUACGAGGUGGGAGGAGUCGAUAGGCGUGGGAUGGAUGGUGCGGGGGGACGAUCAACAGCAAGAGCAGCAGCAGAGGAUGAUCCAAGCCGAGCUGACGGCCGCCCAAGUCAAGCGCGAGUUCGCCAUCCCACUCAAGCCUCUCUCCCGCUCCCACUCUCUUCUCGAUGGACUUAAGAGUCCUCCCGGAUCCCGCCUCCCCGCUCGUCUACCGUCUCUCUCGAGCUUGACAUCCUUCGAUCUUUGGGCCGAACCCGCGUCGCUCGACAUCCUCCAUCAUCGGGGAUUCUUCGCCUCCCUCUCCUCAGGCAUCUGCGACCCCUUCGAACACCUCCUCCGCGCUCAUCGCGCUCCCCCCUCUACUACCGUCUCUUCUUCUUCUUCUCCUCCCUCCGAUCGCCUCGAAUUGCUCGCUGAUAUCUGCCGUUGAUUCUUCCCCUUAUUAUCUUACUUGUCUAUCCUCGUCUCUGUUCGGCCCACUCUUCUUUCUCAACUCGUUUUUAUCAGCUUGUAUCACUACUUACUACUUCGUCGUAUCCUCUUAUUCGUGUGUAGUCUUCUUUUUUUUUUGUAUAUUUAUCUAUCCGAUUAUCGUUUCUUUCUUUUUUUUUGGGGGGGGGUGGUAAUAAAUGUGGACUUCUGCGGGGUUCUGUGCUUC